CACCAGAAGCUGGGUGGCAUACUGUGUGAGAUGAUGUGGAGUGUUAUGAUCCUGCUGGCGGCUUGCGUCACUGUGGAGUCCUAUGCAGUCCAUGACCUCCAUGAGCGUUUGGCCCAUGGUCGCCAGUUGAAGAUCUUCCUGUCCAAGAGUGCAGAGAAGCUUGAGUUCACUCCAUCUGAUAAUCCCAGCAAUACCUUUCUGUACUGGGAGAAAGGCACAUUCAGAAUGACAAAAGGCAGGAUAUCUGGCACAGGCAGUGACCGACGCUGGUACAUCGACAAGGUGACUUAUGAGGACCAGGGAACAUACAUCCAGAGAGACUUCUGGAAUAACGAGAUCUCCACUGUCAAAGUGGCUGUCACACCCAGAUAUAACUAUGUCAAGUGUGUAGCAGGAGAGAGUCUCUACAUCUCACUGGAGGGCAUUGACCUGGCUGAUGCUGUCCUCUCCUUCUCAGGGGAGGCUGCCAACGUUACACUGGUGCGUGAUGGUGCUCGGGUAUCCCAGGACCUUCCGGAUUACUGGAACCGGAUUCAGACCCACUCCUUGAACAUUGAGAUCAGGAAUGUCAACUACAGUGAUGAGGGACAUUACACCCUGAGAGACCGCAGAGACAGGGUAGCGUCUGUUACCAGAAUGGACCUGACAGACUAUCAUGAAUACUCAGAAGGAAACCCUCUCAUGGCUCUGCUCUUAUUGCUGGGAAUCCCUGCUGGGAUUUGCUGCUGCUGUCGGAAGAAGAUUUUCAAGAAGAAAGCCACCACUGCUGCAACGCUACAGACUACCCCAGAUGCAGUCCAUCCUCUUCACAGUGGUCCUGUUGGACCUUCUCCUCCGUACACCACUCCCGGACAACCAGGAGUGAUGUACUACCAUGGCCUCGACCCUAGCAUGGGUCCUACAGUCCACCCUCCCCCUCCGACCACUGGCCCAGGACAGUGGAAUGGUCCCCCACCCUCCCCAGGUUUUAACCCAGCCUACCCACCCCAGAAUCCUGUUUUCCCUCUUGCUGGUCCAGCCUACCCCCCUGCCCAGCCUCCACAAUGGAACGGUCCACCGCCAGGCCAGUAUCCCCCGGGACCUGAAGUUCCAAUGGGCUAUGCUCCAGCUCCAGUCAUGUACAGCUCUCCUCCACCAGCAGCAGCCAGUGACCCUGUUAAGGAGGAGUUCAAGAUGGAGGAUAUGGUUUCCUCAUCUGGCGACCCCCUGCUGACUGCUAUAUCACAGGCUGAAGCUGCAUUCUCUCCUGUGGCUUCUGUGCCUUCCUCCUCCAGCAACAUUCUCAGCUCCUCUGAUGGUGCCUACCAGUUCCAGAUUGAUGGACCAAAAAACUCCACCAACUUCCUAUAGGGACAUUACCUCCUGAAGAAGCUCCCUCCAAGUCCUCCCAGACUGAUGUUACAAUGCCCUCUGUGACCAUUUUCCAUUCCUUUCUUGAAGCAUCCAAAUCAGGGACACAUAAUGGCACAGGAGUAAGCAAUGAGCCGCAUUUGGACAGUACAUUCUUUUCCUCUUUGCCUUGAUCAUUAUAUAAAGCUGGUGUAGUUUGAAAGCGUGCAACCGAAAAAAUCCCACCCCCUUCCUUCAGACCUCCCUUGAAAGCGACUCCCCCCAGCCAGGCAGCAUGUACAAGUUAGUUAUUAAUCAAUUUUCCAGAGGUGAGAAGACAAAGAAAGGAAGUGUUUUUGUGAAGUGUGUAAUAAAAAUGGACAUCCGAUGAGUAUAAUAAAAACAGGGCUGGGUUCAGUUUACCAAAGGUU